GCCGGCGGCGGCACCAUGUUUCUUCAGUCAGUCAGUUUCUGGAAUCUGGCGUUUUAUGCCCUUAUGGUUUUCAUGGCAACCCUGGGGCUGUGGGACGUCUUCUUCGGCUUCGAGGAGAACAAGUGCAGUAUGAGCUAUAUGUUUGAGUACCCGGAGUAUCAGAAAAUAGAACUUCCAAAGAAACUGGCAAAACGCUAUCCUGCAUAUGAAUUAUAUCUUUAUGGAGAAGGAUCCUAUGCUGAAGAACACAAAAUUCUCCCUUUGACUGGUAUUCCAGUUCUCUUUCUUCCUGGUAAUGCUGGAAGUUAUAAGCAAGUUCGUUCUGUUGGUUCUAUUGCACUUAGAAAAGCAGAAGAUAUUGACUUCAAGUACCACUUUGACUUCUUUAGUGUGAAUUUCAAUGAAGAACUGGUGGCACUGUAUGGUGGAAGUCUUCAGAGACAGACCAAGUUUGUACAUGAAUGCAUUAAAACAAUUCUCAAACUCUAUAAGGGUCAAGAAUUUGCUCCAAAGAGUGUGGCAAUAAUUGGUCAUUCUAUGGGUGGCCUUGUUGCAAGAGCAUUGCUUACUCUGAAAAAUUUUAAACAAGAUCUGAUAAAUCUUCUUAUCACACAAGCCACCCCUCAUGUUGCUCCUGUGAUGCCAUUAGAUCGUUUCAUAACAGAUUUUUAUAUGACUGUAAACAACUAUUGGAUUCUAAAUGCUAGACACAUAAAUUUAACCACACUUUCUGUAGCUGGAGGAUUCCGGGAUUACCAAGUUCGUUCAGGACUGACUUUUCUACCAAAAUUAAGCCAUCAUACCAGUGCCUUAUCCGUUGUGAGCUCAGCAGUGCCUAAGACCUGGGUUUCAACAGACCACCUUUCCAUUGUAUGGUGUAAACAAUUGCAGUUGACUACAAUUCGAGCAUUCUUUGAUCUUAUUGAUGCUGAUACUAAACAAAUAACUCAAAAUCCCAAGAAGAAAUUGUCAGUCUUGAAUCACCACUUUAUAAGACACCCAUCAAAACACUUUGAGGAAAAUCCAGCAAUAAUUUCUGACCUAACAGGGACAUCUAUGUGGGUUCCAGUGAAAGUAUCCAAAUGGACCUAUGUGGCUUAUAAUGAAUCUGAUAAGAUAUAUUUUACAUUUCCUCUUGCAAAUCAUAGAAAAAUCUACACUCAUGUCUAUUGUCAGAGCACCAUGCUGGAUACAAAUAGUUGGAUUUUUGGCUGCAUAAACAGCACUUCUAUGUGCCAGCAUGGGAUUGAUUUAUCAUGGAAAGCUGAACUGCUGCCAACAAUCAAGUCUGUGAUGUUAAGACUUCAAGAUUAUCCAUCUUUGUCUCAUCUUGUUGUUUAUGUACCAUCUAUUCAUGGAAGUAAGUUUGUUGUAGAUUGUGAAUUCUUUAAAAAAGAGACACGAUCCAUUCAGCUUCCUGUAACUCAUCUUUUUUCCUUUGGACUGUCUUCAAGGAAAGUGAUUUUAAAUACAAGUGGCCUGUUUUAUAAUAUAGAACUUCUAAACUUUGGACAGAUAUACCAGGCUUUUAAAAUCAACGUAGUAAGCAAGUGCUCAGGAGUCAAAGAAGAAAUAACUAGUAUCUAUAAACUUCAUAUUCCUUGGUCUUACGAAGAUUCACUUACUAUUGCUCAGGUACCAUCUUCCACAGAAAUUUCUCUGAAACUCCACAUUGCUCAACCAGAAAAUGACAGCCAUGUAGCAUUAUUAAAAAUGUAUACAUCUUCAGACUGUCAGUACGAAGUGACAGUUAAGACUUCCUUUUCACAAAUACUUGGACAGAUAGUUAGAUUUCACGGUGGAGCUCUUCCUGCUUAUGUUACAUCUAGUAUCCUUCUUGCUUAUGGAGGACAGUUAUAUUCUCUUUUCUCAACAGGUCAUUGCUUAGAAUAUGCUACCAUGUUGGAUAAAGAAGCCAAGCCAUACAAAGUUGAUCCUUUUGUAAUUAUGAUUAAGUUUCUGUUGGGAUAUAAAUGGUUUAAGGAGUUGUGGGAUGUGUUAAUGUUACCACAAUUAGAUGCCAUCAUUUUAACUAGUCAGAGUAUGUGUUUCCCCCUUGUAUCCUUGAUUCUCUUUCUGUUUGGAACAUGUACUGCCUACUGGGGUGGCCUACUGUCUUCUGCAUCUGUGAGACUCCUUUCUUCAUUGUGGCUAGCUUUGAAAAGGCCCUCUGAACUUCCUAAAGAUAUCAAAAUGAUAUCAGCAGAUUUGCCCUUUUUGACAAUUGUUUUGAUCAUAGUAGGUUGGACAACUUGUGGAGCUUUUGCCAUACUGCUUACUUAUCUUUAUUAUGUGUUUAAGAUUGUUCAUCUGCAAGCCAGCCUAACAAUGUACAAAAAUAGCCGGACUGUGAAUCCCAAACACUCUAGAAGAAGUGAAAAAAAAUCAAAUCAUCAUAAAGACUCUACAGUAUACCAUCUUCGUUUAUCUGCCAAUGAUGCCGAAGAUAGUCUUCGCAUGCACAGUACUGUGAUUAACUUAUUAACAUGGAUUGUAUUACUCAGCAUGCCAUCUUUAAUUUAUUGGUUAAAAAAUCUCAGGUAUUACUUUAAACUUAAUCCUGAUCCAUGUAAACCUUUGGCAUUUAUCCUUAUUCCAACUAUGGCAGUUCUUGGAAAUACUCACACUGUUUCAAUAAGAUCCAGUAAAUUGUUGAAGACUACUUCGCAGUUUCCACUUCCUCUGGCUGUUGGUAUAAUUGCUUUUGGGUCAGCACAUUUAUACAGGGUUCCAUGCUUUGUUUUCAUUCCUCUUUUACUCCAUGCAUUAUGCAACUUUAUAUAAGACUGAAUUUAAGGAAUGAUAAAAAUAAUUUAUACAUUUAGGGUCAGUAAGAAGAGGGAAUGCACAGAUUCAUCAAUGCGGACAGCAAGAUCCUUUGGAGAAGACCAGUCUAUUUUUACAAUAUUGAAAAUAGGAAAUUAGUUUUAUAAUGCUUGAGAAAAGUUGAAGCAUGGUUUUGUUUUGUGGUAUGGCAUCCACCUACUAGUCAUUUUUUUUUUAAAUGAAAAAAAGGGUCUUGGCCACUUUAUUGAGGAUUUCUGCAUAUCAGCUAUUCUGCUUGAUUGGCCAUAGUGGGGAUCUUCUAAAUACUCAGUAAAUGUAGCAUUGCUUGUAAUCUCAACUCAAGCGUUCUCCUCAUUUCAUCAAACUUUUUCUGAAAAGUUGGUUUCUUUGUAUUUGGUACAGCAUGCAUAUUGAGAAACCAGUCUUAAAAGAUGAAUGAACAAGGAAAAGAUCAAUGAAAUUCACAACUCUUUGGUUUCUCAAAAAUGAAAUAACCUCAGAGAGUCUUUGGCCAGUUUUUGGCAGCCACAGUGAACAAGGCAGAUCUUUUGUUUUCUUACAUCUGUGAAAUACAACUUUUAAUUUUAAGGAGACAUGUUUUCUUGGUAACUAAUGCAAGAUUGGUGAACAUAAUUUAAACUCAAAACUUACUGAAAUUUUCUCACUACUUUUCAAACACAGAUCUUAUUUUGUAUUCUGGGUGAAUAUCAGGAGAUUUAAAGAAAUCUUUUGUUAAAUUUAAAGAAAAUUGUCCCAGAUAUUUACUUAAUGUUGUUGGAGCAGUACAAUUGUUCAGUAUAUACCAUUUUAUUUAAUUCAUUGACCGCAUGGUUGCCAAAAGUGCCUCAGAUCAUGAUGUAUUUUUAAAAUAACUAAAUUCCAGUGGUCAGAAAAAACUCUAGGUUUGCACAGUUUCUGUCUUCUGUAGGAAAAAAAAGUCAGCAUGAUCAAGUGGUGGACCACAUUUGAUAUGUAAAAUUAUACUAUUAAUGGAAUAACCAACUGUUACACAUUAAUAGCAUAAGUAUAAAUAGUAUACUUAAAUAAAUUGGAGGUUUUAGCCACUAGUUUUAACAAUGGCAUAUUAAGUUGCCACGGUGAUUAGCUUGGUUUGACAGAAAAGAGAGGAAUAUUUCUAUUUCAUUUCAAACUUCAGCUCACUUUUAGCUACAGAAGAAUAGGUAAUAGAGCUAGGUAUCUGCCUUAAGAUAGAAUAAACUUAGGCUGAGGUAUACUUGGCUUAUCCUUUAGAUGUAUAUGCUCUACAUACCCAAAACCAUUUAAGUAAAGCCUGUAAAUCCCAGUAAUACUUGUGAACUUUUGUCCUUGUUAGUACCCAGAAAUGUCCUAGGGUACCAGAUCCGUUUUUUCAGCAAUUGCAUCUGGAUUCCAUUACAACCUCUCAGCUGUUACUGCUUGUGGAGGGUUACCCCCACUUCACUGCCUGGCGAGGGUUACCUCACUUUACUUCUCAGUUACUCCUCAGGCCCUUGCUCUUUUGUGGAGUUGAAGAGGAUCUCCGUGUUAUCUGUGAGGGUUUAAUUUAAUUUAAUUUUUU